CCCUUGUAUCUCGUCAUAAACCAAGGCCUCACUUGCAAGGAGUUGAGCUAAGGAAGGACAUCCUCAACUCAAACAAACACAGCCGAUCACUCUCUGGUGCUUCCCUUUGUCAGGUCAGUCAUAUGUCAGUCUUCAUUGUCUGGUGUUUAGUAAAAAGUAACAUACUUUCACAUUAUUUUUGCCUUCAUCGAGCUUAAAAAGAAACAAACUUGUAGUUGUGACUGACUGCAAUGCUCUCUCCUUCAACACUUUCGAAGACAAUUCCCAAAUGGCUCAAUCUAAAAUCAUUCAUUUCUUCAGUAUCUUGCACUAAUGUCAUCCAAAUUAACCCAGAAAUCAAUCAAAACACACCAAAUAUUACUGAUUUUGAUGCAAAGAUUCAAUCUUUGAGAAAUAAACUGUGCCCAGAGUACUUAAUCAAGGUUUUGAAAAGCACCAGUGAUAUUAACUCUGCCGUUAAGCUAUUCAAAUGGGCUUCCCUUCAAAGAAGGUUUAACCACACUGCUGAUACAUAUUAUUGGAUUAUUUUCAAGCUGGGCAUGGCUGAAAAUGUUGAGGAAAUGGAGGGGUUUUGUCAAAAUAUGGUGAAAGAUAGGUGCCCGGGUGUAGAAGAUGUUCUUCUUUCAUUGGUUGAUGCAUUUGUUAGAAAUUGUAGGCUUAAUGAAGCAAUGCGUGUUCUUUUUAAUAUGAAUUUGGCUGGUAUUAAGCCUUCAAUUGAUGUGUUUAAUUUUGUAUUGGGCGCACUUGUGGAAGAGAAGAGAGGUUUUCAAGAUGUGGUUUUUGUUUAUAAGGAGAUGGUGAAAGCAGGAGUGGCACCUAGUAUUGAUACUUUGAAUUAUUUGCUGGAGGUCUUGUUUGAGACAGAUAGGGUUGAUUCUGCUUUGGAUCAAUAUAGGAGAAUAAACAAGAAAGGUUGUAUUCCUAAUAGUAGAACUUUUGAGAUAGUAAUAAAAGGUCUCAUUGCCAAAAAUAGAGUUGAUGAUUCAGUUACCAUUUUGCAUGAGAUGUUGGAACUCGGAUGCCUGCCUGAACUGAGAUUUUUUAGAUCUACGAUACUUUUGUUUUGUGGGGAAGAUAGACUGGAACAGGGGAUAAGGUUGUUUAGGAAGAUGAAAGAUUCUAAUUUUACCCCGGAUCCUUUUAUUUAUGGAGCUUUGAUACAGUGUUUGUGCAAGCACCUUAGGUUGGAUGAGGCAGUAUACCUUCUUGAAGAGAUGAUGGAAAGUCGGUUAACACCUGAUAAUAAUGUUUUUGUGGAUAUUGUAAAUGGGUUUUGUAAAUUAGGGAAGAUAAAUGAGGCUAUUAAGCUCUUGGAAGAUAAACAUGUGCAUGUAACUUCUCCACACAAUGCAUUGCUCAGAUGUUGUUGUGAUGCUGAUAAAUUCUUCAUGGCCAAAGGUCUCCUUGAGAAGAUGUCUGAGAGAAAUAUCGAUGAUUGCGAUUCUUGGAACAUUCUUAUCAGAUGGCUUUGUGAGAAGUUGGGAGUGAUGAAUGCAUAUGAACUUCUAGGUAGAAUGAUUAUAUCUUCUUUGAUUCCUGACUGUGCCACAUAUUCCGCUCUUGUUGCUGGCAAUUGUAGAUUAAGCAAGUAUGAAGAUGCUCUACAGCUAUUUCUUCAGCUUCAUGCCAAGUUCUGGAUUCUAGAUCCUGCUUCUUACUCUGAGCUAAUUGAAGGACUGUGCAGGGGAGAAAAGUAUCUAGAAGCUGUUAACGUGUUUUGCUACAUGUCUGAGAACAGAUGUCCUCUUCAGUCUUUGUCGUUUAAUAUGUUGAUCGAGGGUGUUUGUAACAUGGGAAUGCUUAAUGAAGCUGUCAGGCUUCAAUUGUUGGCUUAUAAUUCUGGCACUUCUUGUUCCAAUGCUACAUGCAAUUAUAUAAUGCUUGGAUUGUCUAAAUCAGACAAGGGAAAACAUAUGCUUGUUUUUCUCUCACAAAUGUUGGUUCAGGGUACCGAUCUUGAUAUGGAAGCAUAUUGCAUUUUGAUACAGAGCAUGAUUGCACAGAAACAAAUAAAGGAUUGCACUUUGUUUCUCAGUGUGAUGGUUAAUGAGGGCUUGGUACCUGAUUCAGACACAUUAUAUAAGCUACUGUCAUGUUUGGCCGAUCAUUCUCAGUUGUAUUUGAUAUCAGUUUCACUUGAUAAACUUGUUUCUGACUGUGAAAUUCUAGAUUCAGCUAUGUACAACAUACUUAUUAAUGGUCUGUGGAAAGAGGGCAGCAAAAAUGAGGCUCAUCGACUGUUAGACUUGAUGCUGGAGAAGGGUUGGGUCCCAGAUUCUAUGACCCAUGGAUUGUUGAUUGGCUCUGGUAAUAGGGAGGGGAAAGGUGAGGGGAAAUUGACAUAUGUUGAUAGCAUCAAAGAUAGUGUUAGUGACAUUCUAGUCGAGGGAUUGGGGGAAACAUGAAUCUGCAUUCACUGAAUGCCUUUUCUAAGGUGAAUGGAAUGCUAAAUACUUCCCCUUCCUUUCAUAUGUGGCAAUUCUGCAAAGACGUCUUUGUUAGUUGGAGGAAUAAUUCACAAGCCACAUGCUAGCUGAGGGAUUGGGUGAAACAUGAAUCUGCAUCCACUGAAUUUUGGAAAGAUAGAAGAUCUCAAUUUUUGACUCAUUGCUGAGCCCAAAUGGUCAGCCUGCAAAGGUGCCUUGGAAGGUGACCGCAAAUAGGAGAGAUGAUGGAUCUUCAGCGCUAGGAUGUCAACACAACAUAUGGAAGAAAAAUAGACUUGCCUACAAGCUAAAGAUAUUUUCUGUUCAGAAAUUCAUGUAACUUGCAUUUAAGCUCGAGGAUGCCCUCUUUCUCCCCUUAUCUCCAGCUUCUCGGAUCUUCAUGUCCAUUAGUUUGCAGGCAGUUCCAGAUGUAUUUUUUGCUUGUUUAAAAUCUUCAGUUGGUUUCUUUUGAUCAGGUUCGGGUCUAUUUUUCUCAAUUCCUAAUGGACGGUUCACAACAAAUUGAUUGCUUUUGGAAUUGGAAGGAAUUGUUUGUUCUCGGAAGUAUUAUGUAGGUCAAAGUAAAGUAGUACAAGUUUUUUUGGAGGCCAUUCCCGUAAUUCAGAUUCAGCUUUAUCAACUGGCUGUCCAUUCUAGUAGACUCUCUACCAAGUACAGACAAUGGAAGAGGAGGAAGCAAUCAGUCCUAUUUGUGAUUAUGCAGCAGUACUAAUGAAUGUCGUGAUCACAUCUUCUUCUCAUGUGCUUUUACUAGAGGAGUAUGGCAGCAAGUUUAGCUCUGACCAAGAUAAACAGAGAGGUGGGGGGGACUGAAAUUCUGAAUCAAGUUGUCUCAUUCAAUCUCGGCAGAAUUUUUUUAUUUUUUAUUUUUGGCUUUAAGCUGUGACAUGUUUGGACAACCAGAAAUAACACGAUUCACAAAGCUGGAGAUUUUUCAGGAGAUUUUAUUUUUGUUUUGUCGUUCAUUUGUCGAGGAAAGCUGUGGGUCCCCAUUUUGUUGCAACACAUGCGUGGCACGGAGGUCUUGCUAUUUAAAAAGGAAAGGGUCGUUUCUCCUUCC